GAGUAGUAGCAGCAGGUUUCCCGCAGUGGGGCAGGAGCCGGAGCUGGAGCUAUCGCCAUCAUGAAGAAGCAGUUCAACCGCAUGAAGCAGCUGGCCAACCAGACCGUGGGCAGAGCUGAAAAAACAGAAGUCCUGAGUGAAGAUCUGUUACAGAUUGAGAGACGUCUUGACACAGUGAGGUCUGUUUGCCAUCUUACGCAGAAACGAUUAAUAGGAUGCUUUCAAGGCCAGCAUGGUACAGAUGCUGAUAAGAGACAUAAAAAACUUCCUUUAACGGCUCUUGCUCAGAAUAUGCAAGAAGGGUCUGUCCAGCUAGCUGAUGAAACUCUGCUGGGGAAAAUGCUGGAUACUUGUGGUGAAGCAGAGAAUAAACUAGCAAUAGAGCUUUCUCACCAUGAGGUACAAAUUGAAAAAGAAAUCUUGGAACCACUGUUCCAACUCACAGAGGGAGAAAUUCCCAACAUUCAGAAGCUGAGGAAGCAGCUUGCAAAGCUGGUGUUGGACUGGGAUUCUGCUAGAGCCAGGUAUAACCAAGUCCACAAGACUUCAGGAACUAAUUUUCAAGUGCAUCCCUCAAAAAUUGAUUCCCUUAAGGAAGAGAUGGAUGAGGCUGGAAACAAAGUAGAGCAGUGCAAGGACCAACUUGCAGCAGACAUGUAUAACUUUGUAUCCAAAGAAGGCGAGUAUGCAAGAUACUUUGUCACGUUAUUAGAAGCACAAGCAGAUUACCAUAGAAAAUCAUUAGCAGUCUUAGACAAGGUCCUCCCUGAAAUUCAAGCCCAUCAAGACAAAUGGACAGAAAAACCAGCCUUUGGAACACCCCUGGAGGAGCAUCUCAAACGCAGCAGUCGUGAAAUUGCACUCCCUAUUGAGGCUUGUGUUAUGAUGCUCUUGGAAACGGGAAUGAAAGAAGAGGGCUUAUUCAGGAUUGCUGCCGGAGCCUCCAAACUGAAGAAGCUGAAAGCUGCAUUGGACUGUUCCACUUCCCAGCUUGAUGAAUUCUAUUCAGACCCUCAUGCUGUAGCAGGUGCCUUGAAGUCCUACUUACGAGAGUUACCGGAACCCUUAAUGACCUACAGCCUCUAUGAGGAGUGGACGCAAGUUGCAAAUGUACAAGACCAGGACAAGAAGCUGCAAGACUUAUGGAGAAUCUGUCAAAGAUUGCCCAAGCAUAACCUGGCAAAUUUCAGGUAUUUAAUCAAAUUCCUGGCAAAGCUCUCACAGAACAGUGACAUAAAUAAAAUGACUCCCAGCAACAUUGCGAUAGUAUUAGGCCCCAACUUGUUAUGGGCAAAAAAUGAAGGAUCUCUUGCUGAAAUGGCAGCAGCAACUUCAGUCCAUGUGGUAGCAAUUAUUGAGCCAAUCAUUCAGCACGCAGUUUGGUUUUUUCCUGAAGAAAUUGAUUUUAAUGUGUCUGGGGCAUUUGUCCUGCUUCCUGCUGUUAAUUCGAAUCACUUGUCUCACACUGGGAAUGAGUAUGAGUCGGGGACUCAGGAACGGAAGAGGCCGGUCAGCAUGGCUGUAAUGGAAGGGGAUUUGCUGAAGAAAGAAAGCUUUGGUGUCAAGGUUAUGGACUUCCAAGUGAAUCCUCGGAGAUGUGGCACUAUAAAUAGAAAGCACACAUCCCCAGCUUUCCAGCCACCGCUCCCACCUACGGAGGCUGGCACGCUGGCUCAGCCGGGAGCAGAGCAGCAUUUGCAGGGUGCUGUGGCUGAAACCAGCCCAGCGGGUGCUGCUUUUGCUCCCUCUGCUGGCACAGCAGAACAGUUACCGAGUCAAGGAAAUGAGGAUGUCAGUGCUGCCAAGCCCAGGGACACUGUGCCUUCCACGACUCCUCCACCUGUCAGAAACGGUGGGAAUAUAAGCACUCCCCAGCACCAGCCCCAGUCUGCCAGCGCCCCUAGCCAGCUUUCUGUUAACCCGCCGCAGAACGCAGCUGGGCCCAGCCCCCACUCGGUGAGAAGAGCCGUUAAAAAACCUGCACCCGCACCUCCUAAACCGGCAAAUCCACCCCCAGGACAGCCGGGAAGCCCAAGUUCUGCUCCAGCUGCUCAACCACCGUCAGUCUCUCCAAAACCAACUGCCAGAAGUCCUUCGCCUCCUGGUCAGCAUGCAAAUGUAGGGGCAGCCCAGACCUCUGCUUCUUCCCAAGUUUCUGCUCCUCGGAGAUACUCCAGUAGCCUUCCCCCAAUACAGGCACCCAACCACCCCCCUCCACAGCCCCCCACACAAGCUACUCCUCCGCUGCAGCCAAAACUCAACAGUCAAGCACCUUCUCCACAUGCUGUGUCUAGCACUGAGCAUGGACCCGAACACACGUCCUGUUCGCCGCCGCAGACUCCAACGCCUCCUGAUACACCCCCUCUAGGAAAGCAUCAAACUAGUUCCUCAUUAUCUCAGCCGCAGUCGUCUACCCAGGAAACUCCACAGUCUCCAUCUCCUCCUCAGACUGGCACGCUGCCACGGCCAAGGCCAGUACCCAAACCCAGAAACCGACCUAACGUUCCCCCUCCGCCCCAUCCCCCGGCCCCUCACUCGGCUGGAGACGGCGUUCUCACAAACCCCUCUCAAACUGCUUCCAAAAUAGUCACUGACUCCAACUCCAGUGCUCACGAACCACUUCGAGGCCCCUCUUCAGAGCUUCCUGCAGAGUCCGCGGGCAAGGAACUGCAAAACCAUCUCAUGCUGGACAUAGACAACGACACGGAAAGCACGGCUCUGUAAAGGAGACAAACUUUCAGCCCCUUCUGCCCUGGUGAGAAGCCAGUGAGUCGAGGCCUAACAGGGAAAAGCUUUUUUUGAAGACGUGGUGGAACUGAACAAAGCUUCCACUUCAGUGUUAUCGAGAAGGUAACAGCCAUCCAGAAGAAGUUUAAUGAUCUGUGUCUCGAUGCUGGCUUCCAAAAUCAGGAUGGAAAGAGCAGAUUACUGCAGAGACUUGCAUAGGAAGCUUAAUCGCUGCUAAUACAGUUGGCAUUAGCAGAAGUUCCAAAAGAAUAAAGAGCAGUCAUUAGCUACUAUUUAAAGUGCAUGUAUUAUGGAAAUAACCUACUUAUUUUGUCACGGUUUAGAUUUUUAUCCCUAGUCCUUAGACAUGGUAUUAAAACGGAGAUGCCUUGCCAGAGACAUUCCCCCUCACUGAUUUGCUGCAGACUCUUUGCUAAGUAUGAACCAAAAAAGCCAGAAUGCUGGUGGUGACUGCUGGUUAUCGGUCACCUGUCAAAACUGUGGAUGUAUUCUAGUGCCUUGAAGGACUGUCAUACUGUAGAAGGAAACUUACUGUAUUGUUAAUCAUUUCAUUGCUACCUUAAGUACUGAUCAUUAUCCUUGUUUCCUAGUUAUUUGUAUUAACCAUACCUACUUUUUAUGUGAAAUUUCAUAACCUUGGUUCAAGGUGAAACUGUGGAACUGUUUUUGCUUUCUUUCUAAAUCGGUUGAAUUGUGGAAGCAUUUUGAACGUGUUCAGAUUCAUCGGUUGGGUGAACCUUUAUAAAAUUAAAGAAUCCUUUCUUUUUGUCA